AUGGAGCAUCAUGAGUUGCAUCCCUUGAAAGGGGGACAUUUCAGUAUUGACCAAGAUGUACCCAUUCGAGAGGUCAAAGUCACGAAUGCCUAUGAGAAUCCCAGCAGGAAUGGUUCCACGGAGACAUCGCCGAAGCGACUGUUUAAUUUCACCCAGAUCUUCUUCUUUUCACUUACCUACUUGUCUAGCUGGGAGACUCAGGCGUUGAACUUGAGCACAGUCCUCACAAAUGGCGGCCCCCAAGCCCUCGCCUGGGGAAUCGUCAUAGUUGUCUCUGGUGCAAUGGCACAAUCAGCAUCACUAGCGGAGAUGGCCUCGAUGCAACCAAUCGCAGGAGCUCAGUAUCACUGGACCCAUUACUUGGCACCCGAACGCCAGAAGAAGUUUAUCACCUGGAUGCAAGGCUGGGUGACCUGGUUCGCAUGGAUUUCCACACUCGCUGGCGUGGCCAACACCACCGCUACCAUGAUCCAAGGUCUGGCAAACGUGAACUACCCCGAAUACGAGGCAAAGCAGUGGCAUCUAACGCUGAUCAUCAUCGGAAUGCUCGUCGUCGAAGCUUUAAUGAAUAUGUACACCUUUUGGCUCAUCCCAUGGAUCGAGAUGUUAGCCGGUAUCUUACACAUCUGCCUCUUGAUCGUCUUCUUGGUUGUCUUCGCAGCAUUGGCACCUCGACACACACCGGGGUUUGUCUUCCUGCACACGCAGAGUUCCUCGGGGUGGGCAACUUUUCCAGCAUGGAAUAUCGGUCUACUGACCCCAGUCUGGGGGUUCGUCGGCUUCGAUGGCGCAGUUCAUAUGAGCGAAGAAGUCCGCCGAGCAAAACAAGCCGUGCCUCGCUCGAUAUUUUAUACAGUCGUCACGAAUGGUAUCCUCGCCUAUGCCAUGGUCAUCUGCAUGCUCUUUACAAUGGGUUCGGUGGAGGAAGCCCAGAAAUCCAGUUUCCCAAUUAUUGAGAUCUGCCAACAAGCAACUGGCUCUGUGAGUGCCGCCACGGCACUGGUAUGCGGGUUACUCGUCAUCUCACUGUCCGUUAAUCUGGCAAGUAUCGCAUCUGUCUCCCGACUAACAUGGGCAUGGGCACGAGAUGGUGCGUUACCCCGUUGGUUCGCUCAUAUUGACCGCCAACACAACGUCCCAAUCCGAGCCGUCUGGCUCCCUGUCCUAGUAGUAAUGAUCCUUUCCUGCCUCAACAUCGCCGACACAGCAGCAUUUGGCGCAUUCGUAGCCCUAGGUUCGAUAGGUCUCUUCGUGUCAUACUUCAUCGCCAUCAGCUGCAUGGUUCACAACCGAUUCCGGGCGGAUACUGCGCCGAUGGGGGAUUGGAAUAUGGGGAAGUUGGGGCUACCGGUCAAUGUUUUUGCGCUUGUUUAUACGGCUUGGGUGACUGUUUGGUUGGCAUUUCCUUCGGCGUUGCCGGUUACCGGUGAGAACAUGAAUUAUGCAGCGCCGAUCUUUGGGGCUACUACUUUGUUUGCGUUUGGGUAUUGGUUUGUUAAGGGGAAGAGGAGGUGGGAGGGGUUGAAUAAGGAUGUUGUAAGACUGGUUGUGGAGAGGGGUGAGCUUCAGUUGAAGUGA